UUGGUUUUCCAAAGUCCCCGUUUUCGCUACAGAAGAAAAUCAAAACAGUGAUGGAUUUCGCUUCGCAGCCAAUGGAAUCAAACAUUGAAUGGUCAUCUCUGAUCUCUAUAAAAAAAGAAAAAAAAAUAGAAGAAGAGUGAAAUGAAUGGAUUUCGCAGGUGGAAUCAAACAUUGAACGUCAUCUCUCUAUAAAAAUAGAAGAAGAUGUUUGGCAGAUUUGGAGGCAGGUUAAGAAAAAUUGGUAGAAAGAGAAAACCAGGUAUUAAAUAUCAAAAGGGCCAAAACCCAAGAGCAUAAUCAUCCACCACAGCAAGAAGAGGUUCAGCUACGGAGAAUACUUCAUUUAUCAGACUCGCCAAUCUUAGCAAUCUGCCUUCCUUUCUAGUGGUUCACAUUUUGGUCAUUUUGACAUGUUGGACAGCUAAUGGAAGUUGAGUGAGCUCACUUUCUGACCAAUGAGUAUGGUGGUGGAAUUUUAUCCAUAACAAAGAGCAAUGAACAUCGAGGGCACUUUAAAAAUACUGGAAACAGUGUCGCGAAAUUGUGUAGAGUAAUCUUACAUGGAAGGCUACUAGUACUUCCAGAGUCUCUGGGCUAUUUGAACAAAUGGAACUACUUAAUAUUAAAACAAUUUUGGCACAAACAAUAAAAAGUUCUCGUACAGUGUUCUAUUGGAAUCAUGCAUACCUUCUUGUGCUGCAUUGGCUUGAAGAAAAACAAAUGGAGACUUAAAAGUGAGGAUCUUGCUAUUCUUGCAUCUGAAACAACCUUUACUGUGAAUGAAAUAGAGGCUUUGCAUGUUUUAUUCAAGAAGUUAAGCAGUUCCAUGACUGAUGAUGAUCUUAUUCAAAAGGAAGAAUUCCGACUUGCACUUUGUAGGAACAGUAGAAAGCCGAAUCUUUUUACUGACAGGGUAUUUGAUGUGUUUGAUGCAAAGCAUAAUGGAGUUAUUGAUUUUGGAGAAUUUGUCCGGUCAUUAAGCAUAUUCCAUCCAAAGGCUUCUGAAGCAGAGAAAAUUGAAUUUGCAUUUAAGUUGUACGAUUUACGGCAGACUGGCUAUAUUGAGCGAGAGGAGUUGAAGGAGAUGGUAUUGGCUAUUCUGGAUGAAUCAGAUCUCGAUCUUCCUGAUGAUCUUGUAGAGUCCAUGAUAGAGAAGACAAUGACGGAGGCUGAUUCGAAAGGAGAUGGGAGAAUUGAUGAAGAAGAGUGGAAGGAGUUUGUAUCAAAGAAUCCAGCUAUCCUGAAGAACAUGACACUUCCAUAUCUAAAGGAAAUAACUCUAGCAUUUCCCAGCUUUGUACUGAGCAGUGAAGUUCAAGAUUAGAACUAACAUCUCCUUCAAUCAACGCCGAAAACAAUAGAGAAAAAAAUUUUCUCCUUGAGAAAUACAGGCAUGAUCCAUGCUCGGUGUUUGUUUUGUAGUUCCCUUUGUUAGGUUCUGUGUCCAGACAAGAAAAAAAAAGUGGGAAGACACUAGUUUUAUUGCUUCAACUCACUUUUGUAAGAAUUAUAUUAUUGUUUCUGUUGACUUUUUGUCAAUGAAGUGAAGCAUAAAUGGUGGGAUAAUUCCCAGCUGCUCUCUUUAUGUGCAU